AUGAGUGGAAGUAGCUUACAAGAACUAGCUAUAGAAGCCCAAACAUCCUUUCCUGCUUUAUUGCAAUGGCUUCAAGCAGAGAGACCAUACGAACACGAGGAACGCGGGGAAUACAAGGUCCAUCGAAGCCCUCUGGAGAGUCCGGGAAUUACGUGAGUUGAAUGUUUGGCCUCGUUCCAAUCAUGUAUCUCCCGCUGACAAUAGUAGACCAUAUGUUUGCGAUAGAGUCCCAUUCCAACCAAAAGCGCAUAAACCUCCACAUCCAGUUUAUAUCGAAGGCGAGACUAUCUUGGGAAAGACCAAAUAUGGAAUUCCAGUCACACCAGAACAAUUUGUAAGUUUCACAACAGCGGUUCAGCUCAGAGCUUAAUCUUACGUUUUUGACCUCCGUCACUCCAAUAUUGAUUUAUGAUUCAACAAGCAAAAUUGAAAGUAUCGGAUGCUUUGGUUGUUUUCAUUCCCCGUUACUUGUUUCCGCAACACCUAGAUGUCUACUUGGCAUUGCUAAUUUCACAAUGCUCUCCGAGAAAAUACCUUCAGACACUAAUCGAAACCACAGCAAAACAAUUCCUUCCUAGAAAAUGGCAAAGACGCAGAAGAUCUAUCGGGAGAACAAUGGUGGGUAGCGAAGCAAAGUGACAGGCUUCAAAGCUUAGAAAAACUGGACUCUAGAGUCGAAGCCGGUUCUAUUAUUUCUCUGACUCCUUCCGAAAAGUUUGAUCUCGAAGCAUGGCAACGAGAACGCAAAGCAAAGGGAUUCAAUGCAACAAGAGAGCCAAAACAUACCGCAAGCAAAUCAUCUCUCUCCAACUACGGACGCUGGCUAGAGGAAAAUGAAGCUGCACACAAUGGAAGCGCCGUAGAUGCUAGGGUUGGUGGCAGAAGCUCGUUUGCCAGCUCCACCGAACGAUCCGAGUACAGAAGAUGGCUCGAAUCUCACCAAACAACAAUCGAUCAAGGAUUAGAAGAUUAUUCUGACGUAGAACACUCUUCAGCUUCUGAGAGUCUCCUUUCCUUCCGGACCGCUGCAGCUUUACCACACGAAAGAGUCCAUAUUCGGGUGGUUAACGUCCGCCCAGCUGAACCGACCAUAAGCUUGCCGCGAGAGCAACGAUCAUCAGGCCAUUCGAUCCUGGUGCGAAGCCUCAGUAGAGUUAUGAAGUCGAAAUAUUCUCGAUAUACAAAAACCGAUGUGCUUACACCGAAAGAAUAUCUCGCCAGCCAGACCACCAAAAAGGGGAAAGCUGGCACAAAGAAACCAGAUUGCAUGUCAGCAAAAGAGUCGAUUGAGUACCAAGCCAACGAAAAAGAGCUUGGGAUUCUCUACAAUAUUAAGCGAGUCACCACAUCUAUCCCCUCCAUCCCAUCUAUGUUGAAAGGAAUUGCCAAUACCAAACACGAAGCUAGAAAGUACAGGAGGAGGCAUAUUCAACUCGAGCGACCCCAAAUAUGCCAUGAAUACCAGAUCGCACACGAACAUGACCAACCGGCAAGAUACGAGUCAACGGAGAGUCUCAUGAUCGUGCAACCUGCCCGACCUAUUCGACAAAAGAAGCAGAUUCUCUGCCGGGCCGGACGAAGACGCGUCAGAUUCCACAAAUCCAAGGAGGUUGCACCCUACAUACACGUCUGCAAAGAUGAUGAUGCUGCCUUCCCCGAAGUUACAGAGGAUAGGCACUUAUGGAUUGCUGGCGGAUUCGAAUCCUCGGCUCUCCACGACAGGUUCAAAAGGGGCUGGAGCCUCAGUAGGUUGAAUGAGGUAGUGUCAAAGCAUGAGAAUGAGUAUGCCAGAUCAGGAUACAUCGAUGGGGGAUUCGAGAUGGAAGGGCUGGGCGACUUUGACUACCUGCCACCACUAGAGAAGGAGUCUCGGGCCAGCAUAAGCACAACUACCAGAGAUUAA